GGGCGCGGUGCCUGCGCCUCCCGGCGCUCGACCAGCUCGGAGUGUCCAACUUGGGAGCGCAGUGCACGGCGGCACCAUGCGGUCCCACAAUUUGGAGCCGAUUUUUGACCGCGUGGGGCACUUCGGCAGAUUUCAGAAAUUCCUCUAUCUUAUAUGUGCCUUCCAGAACAUCUCUUGUGGUAUCCACUACUUGGCAUCUGUGUUCCUGACAGUGUCCCCCUACCAUACUUGCAGGCCUCCAGGCAAUGUGAGUCAGGUUCUUUUCGGCAAUAUCUCUAUUUGGAGGUUGGAGGACAUCUGGAUCCUGUUUUUCACAGGCCAUAAAGAUCAGAUUAUAGUGCAGCUGCAGAAUGGUGAGGUCUGGGAGCUGACAAGUUGUCACCGAUUCCGGAGGGAUGACAAGUCUGCUUUGAACUCUGAUUAUAAUGGCCAGAAGAGUAGCUUUCCUUGUUUGGAUGGCUACAUCUAUGACAAGAGCAAGUGGGACAGCACCGUGGUGACUCAGUGGGAUCUGGUCUGUAACCGAGAAUGGUAUGCAAGGAUGGUCCAGCCUGUAUUUAUGGUGGGAGUCCUGCUGGGAGCGAUGAUUUUUGGCCACUUUUCUGACAGGAUAGGAAGGCGGUUUGUCUUGUGGAUCACAAGCACUGGAAUAUUUUUCUUUGGCGUUGCCGUGGCGUUCUCAUCUGAUUUUUACACUUUCAUGAUCACACGCUUUCUUCUUGCUAUGUCUGGAAGUGGCUAUCUCGUGGUGGUGUUUGUCUAUGUGAUGGAAUUUAUUGGCAUGAAGUCUCGGACGUGGGCAUGCAUCCAGAUGCAUUCCUUUUUUGCCAUUGGAACAAUGGUGGUGGCUUUGACAGCCUACUUUAUCAGGACCUGGUGGAUCUAUCAGAUAAUCCUCUCCACAGUGACUGUCCCCUUUGUCCUGUGCUGUUGGAUACUCCCAGAGACACCUUUUUGGCUUCUCUCACAGGGAAGACAUGAAGAAGCACAGAGAGUAGUUGAUACGAUGGCCAAGUGGAAUAGGGUGAGCUCCUGUAAACUGUCAGAACUUUUGUCACUGGAUCUAAAUGGUCCUGUUGGUAAUGAACCCUCUGAAGUUAAGAAGCACAACCUGAUAGAUCUGUUUUCUAACUGGAAUGUUGGAACAAGGACACUUAUUGUUUGGCUGAUUUGGUUCACUGGGUGUUUGGGAUUCUACUUCUUCUCCUUGAAUUCUGUUAAUUUAGGAGGCAAUGAAUAUUUAAACCUCUUCCUCAUGGGUGCAGUGGAAAUUCCUGCCUACAUCUUCAUAGGCUGGGGGAUGGACAGAAUAGGGAGAAGAAACAUUCUGGUCUGCUCGCUGAUUUCCGGAGCACUGUUCUGUGGUGUGAUUAUGGUGAUCCCCAAGGAUUACUUUGUUUAUACUGUGGUGGUGACUAUGGCUGGAAAAUUUGCCAUAGGGGCCUCGUUUGGCCUCAUUUACCUUUAUACAGCAGAGCUGUAUCCGACCGUGGUAAGGUCGCUGGCUGUGGGAAGCGGCAGCAUGGUGAGCCGUUUGGGAAGCAUCGUGGCCCCGUUCUGGUUUUAUCUCUCCAGCGCUUGGACCUUCCUACCGCAGCCUCCUUCUCGAAACCACCCCAGCUUGUCUGCUUCCGGUUCAAUGGCCUCCGCCGUCUGCCUCCCAGAUCUUCUCCCUGUGCUUCCCCCGACCCCGUCAGAAGAGUCCGCCACACCACAGCAACUCCUGACUGCCACGUCACCUUCAGGGUUGGAGAAAGUCUGAGCUCUGCUGGGUAUUGAAGUCCUUUCCAGAUGGACCCCCUGCAGAUACACCCCUGCAGGGAAGCCUCCUCCCAUCUCCCCUUGCUAAACUUGCCUGUAUCCUUGAAGAAGCAGAGCAAACCCCACUUCUCUGAGGAAGACACCUGGAUCCACGACCCCACGUCUCCCUUCCUCUAGUCUGCGUAGCUUUUCAGGUGCGCUGCUUUUCGCACCCACAGGGAGCCAAAGUCCAGCUUUAAGGUCUGUGCAUGUGUUUUUGUCCCUCUAGUUAAACCACUGGACUCUGGCUGGACAGGGCACUUUGGAUCCCCAGGACUGUAUCCAGCAAAGCAUUUCCCUCUCUCUGUGUGCCACUCAUGUUAUCCCUUAACUGGUAUUUUAAAUCAAAUAGACUGGCUUUUUAAAAUUAGCUUUGUCUUCAGCAAUAUCAUCAGCAAAAGCAUGGGUGUUAGGCUAGUCAUAUGUUUUUCUAAAAUAAAGUAACGGGACCAUUAUCAUUGAACCAUUGAACAAAGUGUGUGGUGCUCCCUAAAAUCACCUUGCACACAGAGAUGGUAUGGUGUGCACCUACUCUUUGGGAAUCACUGGCUUAGCCUGGAUCUCUCUCAUGUCCCAGUAACGGGCACUCGUCAGGUUUGCUUAAUUGUGGUGUUGGGAUGCCAGCAUCUCUCAGGGGCUGACUCUGAGGUUGAGAAAUGAUACGUGCUGUCUGGCCUGCAUAGAAGAAGUGUUUUGGAGAGUCCACCAUCCUUUUUAGGGCAUGGACUUUUCUAGAAGCAUCUUCUUUGUGCUAGCACUCUGUGCUCCUCAUUAAAUAAAUAGGAGAUAAAAGCGGAAAAGGCAUUUUUGAAACAAAAAAGCUGAAACACACAGAAGAUACAUCUAUGAAAGCAAACUGCUCUAAAAAUACUCAAACCAAAUAAAGAUUCAAAAAAAAAGAAAGAAAGAAAGAAAGAAAAGACAUCCAUAACAGUCCAUUAGGGGCUAUGGAGUCAAAAGGGACUUUAAAUUUUGUUUACCAGGUACUUAAAUAGCACUUGUUAUGCAAAACUAAAACAAAAACAAAAAAAACGGGUCUUCAUAGAUGACAGAUAGUGUUUGUUGCUAUCCGCAUUUUAAAGAUGAGGAAACUAAUGUUUAGAAAAUAAUUGGUAGCUCAAGGUCACCGGGGUGACAGAGCUUGGAUUCAAACCCAAAUACCCUGCUUUUCACACAGGUUAAACAAACAGUGCAGAAGGGAAUGCAAAGAAAUCAAGUCCUCCUCCCUAACCCUCAGUGCCCAGUCCUCUUUCCCCAAGACAACCUCUGUCAGGAGGGUCUUGUGUUCCUGGCAGAGAUAGUCUGAAUAUGCUUCUUUUGGAUGCAACAGCUGUUGCU